CUUCAGUACAAUUUCAUGAGUUUCAUACCCCCUGCCACAUGACGCCCUAGGAGACCCUUCUACUCUAAUUCUUGCCCAAGAAUGGCAACAUACCCCUGAAACCCGCGCUCUUCUUGGUCUUAAGCGCGACCAUGAUACAUUUUGAAGCGUGCUGAGACACUGAUGCUGUAACAUUCGUGAUGGAUAACUGAAUCUUUCGCGAAUUGCCAAUCAACGAUGAUCCUCCACACGUAUCGAGGAUCGUUUCGUGGAUUAUGCUUGGCGCGCAACUCGUAGCGACUUGCUAUGACCUAUUGACCCUGGACGGGGCUGAAGAAAGGCAUUCCCUUUUAUUCGUGACCAUCUCGCCCAUAAUCUUCUUCCUCUUCUUGUGUGGCGAUUCCGUCCUAUGUAGGGUGUAAUUCUUACCAUUUGUUUCGUUUCUUCGUUGCACCUGGUGUGCUUUAUUAAUUCUGCUCAAUCAAAAUGGGGAAGUCGUAUCGCUCAGUCACUUUAGACACUCUAGAUGAGGAGCCUUUCCUUGCUAAGGAGGAAGGACUAGAUGAGAGGUGGACAGAAGCCAGAGACAUCGAGUCAAUACCAACUCGGUUGCGAAAGUUAAGCCCGAAUUGGGCUUGGCUAUGCCAUGCCGUUCUUUUAUCGAUCUCCUUGACAUUUUUCGCCUUAUCCUUCUGCACGAAGACUUCUAAAAUAACAGACUCUGACUAUACGAAGAAAUACUCGUCAUGGUCACCCGCCGCUAGCGCAGUAAAGUAUGAGACACAGCACUUCGAUCUGCCCGCAAUAGCAAAAGGCCCUUUCAUUGGCAAGGGCGAUGACGUGGAUGCGAGGUGGGAUGAGAUUUCAGCCAUUGGGGACACAAUGAUAUCUCGGGAAGAGAUGAUAAAUCUUGGUCUAAACCCCGACGUCUCUCUGGCCAUCACCGAUCCGAAUGGAAAACCGGGUUAUCGAGUCGCUGUCGAGGUGUUCCACCAAUUACACUGCUUGAAUCUGUUACGACAGAACGUCUAUAAAGACUACUAUUCGCCUCUAGGAGGGGACACAUCUGCGCCUCCGCCGGAUCUAACGGGUCAUCUCGAUCACUGCAUUGACGCGCUGCGACAAUUCGUCAUGUGCCAGGGCGACAUUGGCGUAUUCAGUUUCCACUUUCCAUUCAACGAUGGUGACCCGUGGCCUAACUACAGCACACCGCAUACUUGCAGAAACUUCGAUAGCAUUCGGCAAUGGGCUGUCGAUCACACUGUGCCGAGGGGACCAGACGAGCCUGAGCACUGAUAAAUUCCUUUCUAGAAGAGACUUAUAUAUAGCGGAUUACUUUUUGAUUGAGCAAAGCUUUGUUAAACCCA